CCACGCACAGCACCAGUUUCCUCUCAGCACGUCACAGAGCAGCAGCAGUAGAAACCUCCGGACAUUGUCCCGUCGCCGACAUGGCAGCGUAAGAGUGUGACCAGCAGCCGCCUUCCAACCCAGUGCCACCAACCAGUGCACUGAGUCUUCUCCGAUUCAGCCAACAUGUCGUCCUUUGUGGAAACCCUCAGCUCUGCUGCAUCCGACAGCACGAAACACUUCGCCCUCCUAGCGUCAUCACGCAGCCCGUUCGUGACCAACAACAGCCACUACGACCAUGACGAUGACAAGCUCACAGUUUGGCCUGGAAGACAUGGAGGCCCUUCUCUGGGGGCCUUCCUCUCCCACGGCUGACGCCAUGGGCUCCCUGUUCUAUCACCCUGACCAAGAAGAGAAUCAGGAAGGAGGAGGGACCUCACCAGAGGGGGGCACUUCACCCGUGUCGCCCCUCACCUCCUUGUCACUGCCCUCUCCUCCUAACUUCUACUCUCCCCCUCCCUCGCCGCCCGCCGUCCUCCUCCACGGGGACAAAGCUGGGAAUGAGUCUGCCCUGCUCUCCCUCCCCUGGCUGGAGCACCCUGAUCAGCUGGGAUGCCAAAUGAUCUCAGAUGACAGGAAAGAGGAUCCGCUCGGUGCCCUGGACUGGAUGGCGGAGAAGAUGGACCUGAACGAGUUUGACCUGGAUUCUCUGAUUGGCUCCUGCAGUCCCCAUGAGUCGUCCAUCAGCUCCACAGAAGACCUGCUGGCCUCCCUAGAUUGCCCCAUGGAGCUCGACUCCCUCCCAGUGCCCACUCUCUCAACUCCUGUUCUCUCAAGUCUCCCCUCUGCUUCUCCUCAAAGUCCCCCUCCCACAGCCCCCCCCACAGUCUGUGACGAUGCUUCACCCGUCACAGUGGAAGUCUUUGACUCCUACUUCGUCCCCUCUCCUCCCCCAUGUGUCCCAGAGCCACAAGAGGAGCUCGAAAUCAAAUCUGAGCCAGCUUCUCCUUCCUCCCCAGUCGACACCCUGGACCUGGGCAGUGAGGUGGACGUCCUGGAGACGGAGGAGAAGCCAGUAUUAGCUGCUGUGGUCCCUCAGAUCCAGAGAUUUGUAUUCUCCCUUACACCGACCCGCAUCGUCCUUGUACUGGCCCCUAAAAACGAGGUGGGGGUCUCCACCACUACUGUAACCACCACACCAUUGGUCGUUCACUCGUCCCCUCCCGCCUCCCCCCCACAAAGGUCGUCUAGAAGUAGACCGUACCCUGAGCCCAAAUACAUAACCAGUCCACCCUCUCCCGGUGUCCCCACUGUUAAAGUCAAGUCCCUCUGUGGUGAUGAUGAUGAUGAAGAUGAUGAUGAUGAUGACAGGGUAACUCUGAAGGCGCCAAAGGACAAGAAGCUGAAGAAGAUGGCGCAGAAUAAGACGGCCGCCACACGCUACCGGCAGAAGAAGAGGUGCGAGCAGGACUCGAUCUCCUCGGAGCAUUCGAUUCUGGAGAAGAAGAACAUGGAGCUGAGGGAGAAAGCUGAAUCCAUGGCCAGGGAGAUCGAGUACCUCAAGGAGCUGAUGGAGGAGGUCCGCUCGGGCAGGACCAGGAAAGGUCUCAGUGCUGACCCUUAGUGGUUGGACCUAAGUAUGUCAGAGUAGAAUGUGGUUAACGGAAAGUGUCCGAUUGAAUGUUUAAUGCAAACAUGUGUCAGUAUAAUGUGUCCUCUCCUCGCAGCAUGUGUUGAAACACAAUUCAAUAAAGCUGAAUAUCUAACACUGGUAUUAGUAGUUUUAUGAUAAAUAAAUAGUUCUGGGAACAUUUGGGAUAUUUUCCACUCAGUAUAUGGACCGGUGCUGUUUCUUGUAUUUGAAUUCCUCUAUAUCUGGACCUAAGUUACAAACCAGUAAGUCUUUUGUUUUAAAAUGUGUAUUUGAUAAUGUCUUCCAUCCACCUGUAUUCUCAGUCUCUUAAUAAAGAGUUGUGAACCUUA